GCUGUGUAGGCAGAAGACAGACCCUUACCACGAUACACAACUUAGGACAGACCUGUUCUACUGGACUUUUUAAAGAAUGGGGGAGUUCAGGCAGUUUGAUCAAGACUUCUACCAGUCUGGAUAUUACAUUGAUGAUCAGGGCCAAGAGGCAUCUGGCUAUGACGCAGCAUACACCAGUCCACAUUACCAAGAUGUGGAUUGUGCAUCUCCUACAUCAGAUGCCUAUACUCCAUUAACAGAUCCAGCUUACACUGGGCAGAUGUUUCAACCUGCAGCUUCUCCUGGGGCUACUGAGCACACCGAUUCCUUUGAGGAUGAACUUCCACUGUUAGAGGAAUUGGGCAUCAACUUUGAUCACAUCUGGCAGAAGACUCUGACUGUUCUGAACCCGAUGAAGCCAGCGGAUGGCAGCAUCAUGAAUGAGACAGAUUUAACAGGGCCUGUUAUUUUCUGCAUUGCUUUAGGAGCCACUCUUUUGAUGGCAGGAAAGGUACACUUUGGCUACGUGUACGGUAUCAGUGCCAUGGGUUGUGCGGGAAUGUACAUACUGCUGAAUUUAAUGAGCGUAUACACAAUAUCCUGUGGGUGUGUGGCGAGUGUAUUAGGAUACUGCCUGCUGCCCAUGGUGGCUCUCUCUGCCUUCGCUGUUUUUUAUUCCCUGCAAGGAGUUUUGGGCACACUGCUGGCCUUGUUGGUGAUUGGCUGGUGCAGUCUAUCAGCAUCUAAGAUCUUUACUUCUACACUGGAUAUGGGCGGACAGCAGCUGCUCGUGGCAUACCCAUGCACUCUGCUCUAUGGAGUCUUUGCCCUCCUCACCAUUUUUUAAUUAUCCAAAUAAAAAGCUUUGACAAAGAUGAAACCCAGUUUAAGAUGACAAAAAAGCUAAAUUACUUGAACUAAUGUUUUUUAAGUAUUCAUCCUACUCAACUCCUGAAUAAAUACUAAUCUGCAGUUCAGUUAAAAAGAAAAAAGUAGAUGUUAUGCAUAUAACGGGUCUCAAUUCAUCCAACGUUCUGAGGUUUUGACUGUAAUUGACUGUAUUACUGCUAAGCAGCACAUUAUAUAAAAUAAACAUAUUCACCGUA